CUUUAGGUGCGGUUCAAACACAUUUCCUGAAACWUUCAGAAGGAAACAAGUCGACGGAGGCUGUGGGGCUUUACGAACACCAGCAGAAUGGAUUUUGAUCUUUCGUCAGCUGUAGGUAAAGAUGAGGAGGUGAAGAAGGAGGACGCCCAAAAGGAUGAGUUCAACCUCCCUUGGAGCAAAAACAAGGAUAAAGCAAAGGACAAGAAGAGUGACGACAAAGACAAGAAGUCUGACAGCAAAGACAAGUCUCAUGACAAAGACAAGUCUCAUGACAAAGACAAGUCCAAGGACAAAGACAAGUCGAAGGACAAAGACAAGUCGAAGGACAAAGACAAGUCGAAGGACAAAGACGGCCACGGUGACAAGAAGAAAAAGAAAGAAAAGAAGGAAAAGAAGGAGGGACACAAAAAACAUGGAGGCUCUUCCUCUAGCAGUGAUGAGGACUAGAGUCUCGAUGAAUCCGCCUGCUCUGAUCRUCACUUCAGUCUUGUCUGCUGAGAUGAUUUUUUUGUGCAAACUUGAACAUUUUGUAAACAAAGCUGGAUCUAAGAAGUAAAUGUUAUUUUUCCUCUCUUCA